CAUAUUUCCACCAAAUCGCUACCAAUGCCGCCGUGGAACGCCCCCCGCACAAAGGUGCAAAUAAAACUCUCCAUCCAGCGUCUCCGCACAGUCCAGCAGAAAAAAUCAGCUCUCGCCAAAUCAUCCCGCCGUGAGAUCGCAGACCUCCUCGCCAAGGGGCGCGUGGAGACCUGUCGCCUGCGAGUGGAAGGCCUGAUACAGGAUGACAUCUAUGUCGAGCUGCUAGAGCUCUUGGAGUUAUAUCUCGAGAUGUUGCAAGCCCGGUUCAACAUCCUCGAAGCAUCGCCAGCGACAGAGCCGGAUCCAAGUAUAUCCGACGCCGUAUGCUCCAUCGUAUACGCUGCACCACGUACAGAACUUAAAGAACUGCAAGUCUUGCGGGAAAUCCUCAUGCACAGGUUUGGGAGAACAUUCGCCCUCAGCCUGCUCCCUACCGAACCACCCCCACCUACAGUCCCCGCCAGAGUCGCACACAAGCUCAAACUGUUCACGCCAGGGGAAGAGUUGGUGGAUGCUUAUUUAUGGGAGAUUGGAAAGUCUUACAAGGUUGAUUGGGUGCCGGAGAGGUUGGGUGGGGGUGUGAGUGGGGGCGAAGAUGAGGGUGGGGAGGACGGGGGCGGGACUGGGGUCGGGGUCAAGGGAGAGGGGAAGGAAGAUGAGGAGGAUGAAAAUGACGGGGACGGGGAUAGCGAUGGUGGAGAUGUGGAAAGCAGAGAAAAGGAAAAGGAAUCUCAAGGAUCACCGAAAAAAGUGGAAAUUCCCAGAGAAACAAAGCUGACAGAAGAAGAAGAACUUGCUCAACGAUUCGAACGUCUAAAGAAUUUAUAGUUUUGUCAUUAAAAGUAAAAUCUCUUGUCACAGUGCGGUUCUUAUGCAGGACAAAACGGCG